GGAAAAAAAACCUUGCACACUUAAGUUAAGUAACGCACAUGGAGAUAGCGCUAACAGGAAACAGCCUCACAAUAAAAUCCUGUAACUCCCUGGUUUCACGUUCCCUCGUAACUGACGAGCUUUUAUUUUUUAAAGUCGUGAGCGAUCAUACCGGAAUUAGCCUCGGCGUUUUUUCGGCUUGACUCGGAUUAGAGUGUUUCGAGUUUUCGAUCUUGUUCACGGGUUUAAAAAGUCGUUGACCCGCACGACCGGACGUUUGUUUGUUUGUUUUUUGUUUGUUGUUGUUUUUUUACGUCACCGUGAAGCUUCAGAAGAUUAAGAUCUGAACCCGUGACCUGGAACAGCCUCACCAUCGUCCACCAUGAGCGUUCAGCCUCGCCGGAUCCGCCUGAAGCCAUGGCUGGUGGCGCAGGUGGACAGCUGCAGGUACCCGGGUCUGCAGUGGCUCAGUCCAGACCACCGACUCUUCCAGAUCCCCUGGAGACACGCGACGCGCCACACGCCAGUGUCGGAGGAGGAGAACACCAUCUUCAAGGCGUGGGCGUUGGAGACGGGUAAAUAUCAGGAGGGUGUGGACGAACCCGACCCUGCGAAGUGGAAAGCGAACCUUCGCUGUGCUUUGAACAAGAGCCGCGAGUUUCAGCUGAAAUACGACGGAACCAAAGAGACGCCGGUGCAACCGUACAAGAUCUACGAGGUCUGCGAGCAGCCGGGCAGCGCAGAUGUCGUGGAUGACGAUGAUGACGAGAUGCCGAAGCUGACAGACCUCAGCAUCAACCCCAGGAUCAUAGACCCCGCCCCCUUCAGCUCGUUUCCCACUCAUUCCGAGGAGAAUCCGUUUGGUCGCCAUAUGACGCCGGUACCACUCCUCCCUGUGACCUCCGACCUCCAGGCUCAGAGCUUUAAUGGACCAGUUAACACACUUCAGGACCUGGACUCCUUGCCACCCUCUGCUGGACCAGACCUGAUGGAAACCAACAGUGUGGGUGAGAUCCAGAACCAGGCAGAGCCUCAGAAGUAUGACCUUCUGAGCAGCGUCCCACUAACAGAUCUAGACCUGAAGUUCCAGUACCGGGGCAGGAUGAUGGGGUCUCUCACCGUCAGCAACCCUCAAGGCUGCCGGCUGUACUACGGCCACCUGGAGCCGACGCCGGAGCAAGUGGACCUGUUUGGACCGGUCACCCUGCAGCAGGUCCUGUUCCCAGGUACAUCUGAAAUCCAGAACCAGAAGCAGCGGUUCUACACUGAGGCUCUGCUGGACGUGAUGGACCGAGGUCUGAUCCUGGAGAUGUGGGAACAAGACAUCUAUGCCGUACGCCUGUGUCAGUGUAAGGUGUUCUGGUCUGGACCAGGUAUGUCUGAACAGGGUCCACCGAACCCCAUGGAGCGGGAGAGGAAGAUCAAAGUGUUCAGCCUCAAUGAGUUCCUGCAAGGUUUGAUCCUGUUCCAGAAAGGUGAAGCUCCAAACCCACCACCGUUUGAGAUCUACUUCUGCUUUGGGGAGGACUGGCCCGACCGCAAACCAAAGGAGAAGAAACUGAUCAUCGUCCAGGUGGUUCCUGUCGUGGCUCGAAUUCUGACGGAGAUGUUCUCUGGAGAGCUCAGCUGGUCCACGGACAGCAUCCGACUACAGAUCUCCAACCCAGACGUGAAGGACCAGACGGUGGCACAGUUUAAAGAGCUGCAGAAGCUCCUGCAGAGCCAACACAUCCAGGGUCCCUGGACCCCCAACGUGUCCUGAUCUACAAAUCCAGGGUUCCUGGACCCCAAACAUGUCCUGAUCUACACUAGACCUGGAACCACAAGACUCACCUGGACCUUGAAAGGCAUGACUGAUGGUGAAUGAAUGUCCCGUUUGGGCUCUUUAGGGAACUUCACGCCGCCGCGUCGCUUCCCAUCACAAUAUUUAAAGACAAUAAAGGAACAUUUUCAAUGUUUUUAACUGAACCUUAAACUGUUGCGAUGUCAAUUUCAGAGGCGUGUUUUAUAUUCUCCCUCAAUGUCUCCAGAGGACGAACCCUCAGAUUUUAACUUUCGUCACAGGUGGACUCGUCAGUGACAUCAUCUGAAUUAGUUUGUGUUUUAUAAUAAAUGUCAAAAUGUCCUCAACCUGA